AUGGAUGAAGUUGUCAAGUCAGAGCAAUCGAGAGUAGUUGGCCAACGCACAGUAUUUGGUUGGAUAGUAUCCGGACCAAUCGAAUGCACACAUUGUUCAAUAAAGGUAUCUCUAUCAGCUGUACGAGAAUCUUCGAGUGAACAACUUCUAGAGCUUCUCCAGAAAUUUUGGGUCCAGGAAGAACUGCCAAACAAGAGAUCAUCAACAUCAGAGCUUUCACCAGAUGAGUACGAGUGCGAGAUACACUUUAGAGCAACUCAUAGCAGAGACAACACCGGGCGAUACAUCGUGAGACUGCCGCUCAAAACUUCAGCUGCAGCGCUAGAAGAAUCGAAAUUCAAAGCAGCACAUCAACUCAAAUCGAUCGUGAGUAGACUCAACACAGAUCAAGCAUACUCCCAGUUGUACAGAGAGUUCAUCAACGAGUACGCAGCACUGGGGCACAUGAGAAUAGCACCAGAGCCUCCAGAACCCGUGCCAGCCUACUAUCUUCCACAUCACGGGGUACUGAGAGAGGAGGCCAUCACGACGAAGCUGAGAGUCGUAUUCAAUGGCUCUAGCCCCAGUUCAUCAGGUAUGUCACUUAACGAUAUACUGUAUUCUGGUGAAAAAUUGCAGAACGAUGCCAUGGUUAUCCUGACUUGGAUGAGGAGGCACAGGCUCGUAUUUGGCACGGAUAUUGUCAAGAUGUUUCGCCAGAUACGAGUUCACCAAGAUGACUGGAUUUUCAGAGAAUCCUGUGGAUCGACGAGAAUCAACAACCAUUCACCUACCAGUUAA